UUGCCUCAGAAAUUUGUGUUAUUCAUCUGCACACGACGGUCAAGUUAAGUUUAACAAUUCAACUGCAUCACGUACCCAAGGCAAUUCACACUUCGCCACACGAUGGCUCGUCAUAUCAUUUUUGUUACCGCAGUCUUGUGUCUAACAGCACUGACUGUUUCUGCAUCUGAUGAUGAAUUACCUCCAAAUCCUCCCCCAGGCGUCCCGCACAUACCGAUGGAUGAUGCUUGUUUGCGAUGCAUUUGCGAAGCCGUUGGUCAGUGUAGACCAAACACAAAGUGUAACGGAGAAGUAUGCGGUAUGUACGGUAUAACGAAGAGAUAUUGGAAAGAUUCAGGCAGACAUGUUGUAUCAGGAAGUAAACCAUCCGACAAAGACGCCUACCAGAAAUGUGCCAUAAACGCUUAUUGUGCCAAAAGAUCAAUAUUCACUUACAUGAGCAAAUACUAUGAGGACUGUAACGAAGACGGAAAGGUUGAUUGCUACGAUUACGCAUCCAUUCACAAGCUCGGAGCUUUUGCGUGCCACGGAAAGCUGCCCGACGAAUUCAUAGAACGAUUCGUGCGUUGCUUUGACCAUAGUUAAAAUGUUUAAGAAUAAACUAGCAUCACAGUCUUAGACACUAUACCCGACAAUCCCCAGUCCUUGUCAUAUUAUGCUCAACAGUGAUAAUCUAAGCAUUAAUGGGACAAAACUCAACCUAGGUAUAGUUUGAAAUACACUACCUAUCUUUAGUUUUCUUGUAAAAUGUAUUUAUUUACUAUUAAAAAGUUGAAUUGUAUAUUAUUAAAAAUAAUUGAAUUUAAUCA